AUGCAUAGGGUAGCAACUAUAGGACAGCGCCAUGAUAUUCGCCUAAUCGUAUCCACAUGUCGGCGAUUCUAUUCCACCGAGGCCUCUUGUGCGCUUGAUAGAAAGGGCGAUAAACGACGACAUUCUGACGGUAACAGGAAACCUCAAAAGAGGAGGGUCGAUUGCCAUUUCUUACACUCUGCUAAACUUUCAUCCUGGUUCAACAUCCAAAGAUCCAAAUCUAGACCCAUUUACAUCCGGUUGACGUUGACGCUGUGGUGCCGAUCGUGCGUCGUCGCGUUGGUCAGACGUCAAGAAAAUCGGCCCACAAAGCUCGCACCUCGGACAUUUCGCAAUAGCGAGAUCUGCGAGGUCACGACUCAGCGCGCACUCGCCACACUUUGCAAGAGCGGCGCGUUACCGUGGAAUCAUGCCAAGAUUGGGGGUUACGAUGGUUUACACACACUCUCACCUGAAAUGCAUCUCACAUUACUCCGUAUAGCCCGAGGAAGUGUGAUUGGUUGGUCCCACGGAAGCAUUUUCCAUGCUUCUAAAACUUCUGGCACGCAACGGUUCGUGGUCAUGCUUUACGGAGUACAGCAACCAAAUCAGGGCUGUCAUGAUGGCUACGACCCGCGAUCUACCGCCAUCUUCCCUGACACGCAUCAAGCCCUAUGCGACCCGGUCCGCGGAGAAGGUUUUCCCCAGGUCCCAGGUCAUGGGCCUUCCGCUAGCCCUCUCCCCCCUGUGGAAUCAUGA